AGGAACCAUAGCAAAGCACGCCGGGAGGAGUUGUGGCUCAAAGCUGUGAGUGAUAAGAAGCGAGAGGUGCCGGCCAAACGUGAGGGGAUGUUGACUAAGUCAACGCAGCGGAGAUCACGCAUGUUCAGCACUUCGCUAGUGUUCACUAUGUAAAGCGCCGUAUCAGCGCAUGCACAGUUGUAGCAAUAUUCCAGUCCUGAACAACUGCGCAUGCGCCGAAAGUCACGGAAGUAGCCGAGGGGCAGGAAGAAGACCUGAAGAUUACCGAAACGCUGGAAGAUGGCGCCUGUGAGCUGCGUUGAAUCUGCAAAGAGAGCUCCUAUUGGGAAUUUCUUAACUAGUGAUCAUGAGACUUCUGCAACACCUUGCUCGUUACUUGUAUCCCCGCUCUGUUUGUCAGACACAGCCUGUCUGCAGAAAGAUAUUGGCUUCUAAAGACUUGGACAAUUCCAUUUAUUGGUUUGGAUCAAUGCAAUGCCAGAGGUAUUGUAACUCUUCAGUCUCACAACGUCACAUAUCAAAUAGUCAGAGGACUUAUGUCAUCUCCAGAGAAAAUGAUAACACAAAUCCAGGUGUGGACAAUAUGGAGGAAGAAGCUUUUGGGACCGUGACAGGAAAAUAUUCAUCUAGGGCAUUUUUUAAGAAAACAUCACCUGAGCUCCAAACAUUAGCACAUGAAGAUGACGAAGAAGGGCCCAAGUAUCCUAUUAGGAGGAGACAAAGGAACACUCCUUAUUGGUACUUUUUAAAGUGCAAAGCAAAGAUCAAACAAGAUAAGCUUGCUGAAGCACUGCAAUUGUUUGAAGUGAACAUGCUGCAAGAGGAGAGACUACAGCCUGAUGAAAGUAAUUACACUGUUUUAAUUGGAGGCUGUGGGAGAGCUGGCUAUGUGAAGAAAGCAUUUAGCUUAUACUCAGACAUGAAGAAACGAGGCUUGGUACCCACUGAUCCCACAUACACAGCUUUGUUCAAUGCAUGUGCAGAAUCUCCAUGGAAGGAGUCAGGUUUACAGCAAGCCUUAAAACUGCGACAAGAACUGAAGUCAAAAAGCAUCCAGCUAAAUCUGGUCACAUAUCAGAGUUUGUUGAAAGUAUUUGCACUCUGUUCUGACCUCCAGAACAGUAUGGAGAUCUUCAAGGAAAUUGUACAAGAAGGGCACAUUAUUACAAAGGAUACAUUCAAUAUUUUACUAAUGAGCUGCAUUAAAAACAAAGAAAUUGGCUUCCGCUACUCUCUGCAGGUAUGGAGGCAGAUGAUACGUCUUGGUAUAAAGCCUGACAACAGUACUUACAACUUGCUUCUACGGGCUACUAGAGACUGUGGUAUUGGAGACCCUGCUGAGGCUUCAGCUUUGUUGUUAUCUUCUAAAGAGCCAGCGCCACGAAUGUUAAAAGCUAAGACAGGCAAACAUAUUAAAGGGAUGAAGAAAAAAAUGAAUGCAACUAGUGAGCUGGAUGUAGAGAUGUUAGAAAAGCAGCUGUUCAUUGGCGAAUCUACACAACUUGGGAUAUCUAAUAGUAAAGGCAUGGAUAAUCUGUGUUUACAGGAAAAUGCUAAAGAAAUUAACACAAUUCCUCAACCUGCUAGAAACCAAGAGAUAUGCGAUGCACUGAUAUUGCCCUCAUCUACUUCCUUGCACCUUCCAAACCUUUUAGAUGGGCCAGCAAACACAGACAUCGUUGUCUCGUUAGGCAGUGUAUCCACCCCAACUAAUAGGCUUGCAUUGAUUGGUGGAAUGGAGGGGAUCAUACAGAAGAUGCAUAAUGACAAGGUUUCGCCAACUAUAAAAACCUUUACACUGUUAGCGGAAAUAAUAGAACCUGACGACAAGAUAGAAUCAAAUUUGUUAAACACCAUGGAUUCUGCCAAAGUUAAAGCAGACGUGACAUUUUUCAACACUUUAUUGAGAAAGCGGAGUAAAUUGAUAAACCUGCAUUCUGCAAAGGAAUUACUGCCUAUUUUUGCACAAAGAGGAAUUGCUCCAAAUAUUCAGACAUUCUGUGGUCUGGCGAUUUCAUGUCACAAAAAAGACGAUGGAUUACAGCUACUCGAAGACAUGACGAUUUCUGGUGUUAUCCCUAACACUUAUAUAUACAGCACCUUGAUUAGCGCAGCUGUGAAGCGCUUGGAUUAUGCCUACUUGUUAGACAUCCUGCGUGACAUGAAGAAGAGGAAUGUGCCACCCAAUGAAGUCAUUAUCCAUCAGCUGGAGUUUGCCUCCCAGUAUCCACCAACAUAUGACAAGUACAAAAGUAAGAAUGUGUUUCUGGAAAAGAUUGACGGUUUCCGUGGUUAUUACAAUCGCUGGCUGAAUUGGAUGACGGCACAACAAACUCCUCACCCAUGGGAAAAAUACAAAAGUAAAACCAAAUCCAAGGAUAAUGCCUCAAAGAUCAGGGAAGAUGAAUAACUUAAAACCAUUGAAACUGAUACAUUUAAACUUGUGUUACUGUAAAAAAUGGAUAGUUUUGAAUAAAUACAGACAUUUUUACGCCCCAGAGAACCUGUAGACUCUGUUUUACAUUUUAAUCACAAUCGCAGCAUUUUUGCCAGUCCCAUUGCAAAUAGGCAAUACGAAGAACAAAGGAAUUAAGGGUUUUUGGGGAGCAAUUACCCUGGGCCAGGACAGCAGCAGACGUGGAAACUACAGGUCAAGUUGUCGUCCUUACAUCCCGACCCCUCCAUCUCAAUAGGUGGGUUCUCUGCAAGCAACAUAGUUUUGUGAUACAUAUGAACAUCAAACUAUUCAGAAGACCCCUGGUAUUCAUUCCCUGGCAAGAGUGUCUGCUUCCUUGUAUUACAUUCAGGUUACAAUUUGGUGGUAUGUAAUUCAAAAUUAUUAAGGAUGUAUUACAUUUUCGAUAUACUGUAUAUUAAUUGUAUGGACAUUAUUGAUAUACUACUUAUAAAAAAGUUAUUUUUUUCCAA